UGACUUCCUGUGGGCGGGAGUGGCUUAAGGUGCCAAGUUCAGUGUAAUGGCUGUUAGUUGUGCCCUGUCAGGUCCUAAUGAUUCUCAGUGGCUGCUUUAUUUAAGGAAAACUGAAGCACAAAUGCAAACCCAGAGUAGCUGAUGACUAAACUGGCUUCCUGUUUGGUCUCAACUGCAGUCAAUUAAUGACCUAUCACUUGUUUAGCCACCCUAAAAGUCCUCUCCGGUAUUAUAAUGUAAAUUCCUCUGUUCUUAACUGCCCUGCAGCCAUGAGGAAACAUGCCAGACAGUGCUAGGUGCAGCUGACCAGGUGUGUGUGGUCUUGGAUGAGGGGACAAAAUGCUCUAAGAUGGAGAGACUAAAAAUGUAGUGCUGCUUGCUUGGAGUUCCUGGGGUUAACAGGGUGCUUGAGGCACAGCAAAGCUGUUAGCAGGAGCUCACCUGGAGCUUGUCCCACUAAUUGUUAUAUGACAGGUAUAUGCAUCCAGAAUAGUGAAAUUCAACGCCUGUGCCCCUGCACCUACUGCCUUUGGUUUUGGCCUUUAUAUUUCAAGUGUUAACAGAUCUUUGUCUCUGUGGGCACAAUGCUUUUCUGUGCUGGAAGGUAGUUCUAGUAAAUUGAUUUCUUCAUCACAUCUGCAAAUGGGAGCAUUUCAUGGUGUUCUGCAGAGAGCUGGGACUUGGCCUUGAGCUGUUGCACUGCAGCUGUUGCAAAUUGGAUGGUAUUGCUGAAGAACCAGCAGGUUUCCUGAUGUACUCUGUCAUUCUGGCUUUGGUGCUGUAAUCCUGUGGCAGUCUCUCACUAUUACUUUGGAAGAGACUUCCAGGACUCUGAAGAAGCGGUGGCAAGCAGGAUGCUUUUCCCCACGUCCACACAAGAGUCUUCCCGUGGCCUCCCAGACACCAAUGAUCUGUGCCUUGGCCUGCAGUCCCUCAACCUGACAGGGUGGGACAGACCCUGGAGCACCCAGGACUCUGAUGCUGCAGCACAAACCAGCACACAGUCCGUUCUCAGCAUGCUGAGUAACCCUCUUGGAAAUGUCCUGGGGAAGCCCCCGCUGGGUUUCCUACCUCUAGACCCCAUUGGUUCAGACCUGUCAGAAAAGUUUUCCACACCGACCCUGAGGAACUCCCGCCUGGACUCCCGCUCCCUCCUGGACUCCCGUUCCAGCAGCCCCUCGGACUCGGACACCAGUGGGUUCAGCUCUGGCUCUGACCACCUCUCAGACUUGAUUUCAAGCCUUCGCAUCUCCCCCCCUCUGCCCUUCCUGCCCCUUAGUGGGGUGUCAAGAGACCCCCUAAAGAUGGGAGUGGGGUCCCGACUGGAUCAAGAUCAAGCUGCCCUGGCUGCAGUAACUUCCUCCCCAGCUAGUGCAUCAAAAAGAUGGCCUGGAGCAUCUGCAUGGCCUUCCUGGGAUCUCCUGGACUCUCCAGAAGACCCUUUCAGUAUCGAAAGAGAAGCCAGGCUUCACAGGCAAGCAGCAGCUGUGAAUGAAGCAACCUGCACCUGGAGCGGGCAGCUGCCUCCCCGAAACUACAAGAACCCUGUCUACUCCUGCAAAGUGUUCCUGGGAGGAGUCCCAUGGGACAUUACGGAAGCUGGACUGAUCAACACCUUCCGUGUUUUUGGCUCACUGAGUGUGGAGUGGCCUGGUAAGGAUGGCAAACACCCACGCUGCCCUCCCAAAGGUAAUAUGCCUAAAGGCUAUGUCUACCUGGUGUUUGAGUCAGAGAAAUCUGUGCGUGCUCUGCUCCAGGCAUGCUCCCAGGACCUGCUGAGCCCUGAUGGGCUUAGUGAGUACUACUUCAAGAUGUCCAGCCGCAGAAUGCGCUGCAAAGAGGUGCAGGUGAUCCCAUGGGUACUGGCAGACAGCAACUUUGUGCGCAGUCCCUCGCAGCGGCUUGAUCCCAGCAAGACAGUGUUUGUGGGGGCUCUGCAUGGGAUGCUGAAUGCAGAGGCCCUGGCAGCUGUCAUGUGUGACCUGUUUGGAGGGGUGAUCUAUGCUGGCAUCGACACGGACAAGCACAAGUAUCCCAUCGGGUCUGGCCGUGUCACCUUUAACAACCAGCGCAGCUAUCUGAAGGCAGUGACCGCUGCGUUUGUGGAAAUCAAAACUACCAAGUUUACUAAAAAGGUUCAGAUUGACCCGUACCUGGAGGACUCCAUGUGCCAAGUCUGCAGUGCCCAGCCUGGCCCAUUCUUCUGCAGAGACCAGAUCUGCUUCAAGUACUUCUGUCGCUCCUGCUGGCACUGGCAGCACUCCAUGGAGGUCCUGCGUCACCACCGCCCGCUGAUGCGCAACCAGAAGAACAGAGACUCCAGCUAAAGAGGCCGCCGAGGCUCGGGGCCGCUGCAGGCGCAGGAGAAAGUCCUUUUGUUAACCUGCCAAGUGGAGAGCGCACGAGCGUGCCUGCUGGUGCCAGACCCAGGCUGGGAACGUGCUUCCUGAGGACUAAUGGGGAAAAAAAAAAUCUUACAUUCACGUUUGCACUUGCUGGUCUUUUUGUUUCUGCACUAAUGCACAGUGAAUUUUGUCGGGUUUUGUUUGGGGGUUUUUUGAGGGGGGGAGCACCCCUCAAGCAAUUCUGCAGUUCCCAGACUUUGGUUCCUAGUUUGCUGACGAGAAGCAAAAAAAAAAAAGGGCCACGUGUUGAGAAGGUGUUUAUGCAGAUGCCUUCACCUAGGUUUUUUAUUUAUUAAAGGCGCUUUUUUACAUUCCUUGCAAUACUGAUGGUAAUAAUGCAGGUCUCAUUGGCUCCAUUUUUUUGCAGUUGCCAUACAGUGCCUUUCCAUUCAUUUAACCCCCAUCUGAACGGCAUAAAAAACUGAAUGUUCAGCUGGCGUUUUUUACUGUAACAACAAGGAGACUUUGCUCUUCAUUUAAACCAAAUCAUAUUUCAUAUUUUACGCUCGAGGGUUUUUACCAGUUCCUUUUUACACUCUUAAACAGUUUUUAAGUCGUUUGAAAUGAGAGAUUUUCUUUCCUGGCAGCUUUUAACAUUAUUGCAAUUUGUGUCUGGGGGCUGCUGGUGGAAAGUUGUAAAUCGAGGGGUUUGCAACAGAACAGGAUGGGCUUUUUUUGGAUUUGAAACUGGACCGGAUAAAUGAUCUCUGAGCUGCUGUAUAUAGUUUUAAAUAGUUUGUUGCACUUUUUUAAGUUGCACUUAAGGGGGGUUGAUAGAGGUUUUUAAUCACACAAAGUCACAGGACUUACUUUUCUUUUGUAACUAGCUAAAAAAGGGCUGCAUUUUGGUGGACAGAUGAAGGUUCAUAGGAGCCCUUUCUCUUAGAGGGGACAAGUACUUUUCCUUUCCUUUAUGAAAUGUACGGAGUUAAUGGUGCAGUCGACUGAAAUGCUGCUGCUGGGAUUUGAGAACUUUCUUUUUUUACUUUCCCCUCUAUUGGAAGCUGUGUGCCAAAGAACCAGUGUCAUAAUUUCUCCCUCUUUUAUUUUUUUCCUGCUGAGCUGAUGUUGCAUUGUUGCAUAUCCCAGCUGCUCUUUGUGGGUUUUUGUGAAGCUGUGUGUGAAGUCUCUACCUCAUUGUAGUAUAUGCAGGCAAGACUGCACUCUCCUACAGACGUGUGGAGUAAGCUGUGGUGUAGUUUUUGGCACAUAAUAAACACGUUGCAGCAAAAAA